GGCGCGGAGCGAUGGAGUCCUGCGGCCGCCUGUGGCUGGAGAGCCCCGCCGGGGGCCCGGCGCCCAUCCUUCUGCCCGCCGACGGCAGCGCCCUGAUCCUCGGCCGGGGCCCCCUGACGCAGGUGACGGACCGGAAAUGCUCCAGGAACCAAGUGGCGCUGACCGCCGACCCCGGGACGCGGACCGUGACGGUGAAGCAGCUGGGCGUUAACCCCUCCACUGCCGGCGCCCGGGAGCUGCGGCGGGGCCUGGAGGGGGCCCUGGCGGUCGGGGAGACGCUGUACCUGGUCAACGGGCUCCACCCGCUGACCCUGCGCUGGGAGGAGCCGAGCGCGGCUGGCCCGGAGCCACGGCCCGACACGCCCCCCGAGAGCCCCGGGGAGGCCCGGGACCCCGAGCCGGAGAAGAAGCGGCGGCGGAAGUCCUCCCCGGGCUGGGAGCACCCGGAGAAGCUGCUGGUGUUCACCGCGGCCGGUGUGCAGGCGCGGGGCAAGGUGGCCAGCUUUGAUCUGGACGGGACCCUCAUCACCACCCGCUCAGGGAAAGUUCCUACAGGCCCAAAUGACUGGAGGAUCCUGUACCCCGAGGUCCCCCGGAGGCUGCGGGAGCUGGAGGCUGACGGCUACAAGCUGGUGAUCUUCACCAACCAGAUGGGCAUCGGGCGUGGGAAGCUGCGAGCAGAGGAGUUCCAGGCCAAGGUGGAGGCCGUGCUGGAGAAGCUGGGGGUGCCCUUCCAGGUGCUGGUGGCCACUCAUGCGGGCUUGUACCGGAAGCCAGUGACGGGCAUGUGGGACUUCCUGCAGGAGCAGGCCAACGAGGGCGUGCCCAUUUCCAAGGAGGACAGCAUCUUCGUGGGAGAUGCAGCUGGGCGCCCAGUCAGCUGGGCCCCGGGCCGGAAGAAGGACUUCUCCUGUGCUGACCGCCUGUUUGCUCUCAACCUGGGCUUGCUCGCCACACCCGAGGAGUUCUUUCUCAAGUGGCCAGCGGCCAGCUUCCAGCUCCCGGCCUUCGACCCAAGGACCGUGUCACCCUCAGGGCCGCUCUGCCUGCCCGAGUCCAGUGCCCUCCUGAGCUCCAGCCCCGAGGUGGUGGUCGCUGUGGGGUUCCCUGGAGCUGGAAAGUCCACCUUCCUUACAGAGCACCUUGUAUCCGCCGGCUACGUCCACGUGAACAGGGACACACUGGGCUCCUGGCAGCGCUGUGUGAGCGCCUGCACAGCCGCACUGAAGCAGGGCAAGCGGGUUGUGAUUGACAACACGAACCCUGAUGCCGCCAGCCGGGCCAGGUACCUGCAGUGCGCCCGGGACGCAGGCGUGCCCUGCCGCUGCUUCCUCUUCACGGCCACACUGGAGCAUGCACGCCACAACAACCGGUUCCGCGAGAUGACCGGUUCCUCUCAUGCCCCCGUGUCCGACAUGGUCAUGUACAGCUACAGGAAGCAGUUCGAGGAGCCAAAGCCAGACGAGGGCUUCGCCACCAUCCUGCAGAUCCCCUUCCGGCUGCAGCUGGAGCCACGGCUCGAGCGCCUGUACCGCCAGUUCUCCGAGGGCUGAGCCCGCCGGGCGCCCCCCCCAAUAAAUGUGCUUUCUCCGUA